AUUGUUAAGAGGAUCCCAGAAGAGGUGUUAACCGAGUUUAUAAAAAUUGCGUAAAACGCUUAUGUUCGCUUGACACUGAAUAGGUAAGCAAUCGUGUAGAUGGUUCUUGGUAAAGGUGGCUCAAACUGACACUAAACUGCCACUUUUUAACUGGAAGAAAAAAUAGACAACAUAGUAAAUUAUCGGGACAUUGUGAAGUGUCCAUUACUGAGAAUAGACUUGGAGUAGAUAUCCAUCAUGGCUUGGAAGGAAGCUUUCUGUCUUGCCUUAGUACUGUAGUGAGAACAGAUGACCCAUUAGCUCAGGACUGCCUGCGUGGCUUUAAAAACAAUUGAAAGUAAUGAUAUAUGGACUUUUUAAAAGCAAAGAUUUUUUAAAAAGCAGGCAAGUAGACAGUGUUUAUAUAGAAGUGCCUGGCUAAAGGUUUGGGUGAAGCUACUAGUGUUUACUAGCAGCUUUUCUUAGCUGUGAUGUGCUCAUUGAGGCAUUUCAUAAUUGUGGCUCCAGGUUUUUUUCCAUGAUGUAUUAUAGUUUUAGCAGUUUUAUGAAAAGAGAACAGAAUACUUUUAUGGUUCAUAACACUGCUUUCUAAAUUUUUAAGAGUGCUGUGACUUCUUGGUGGACAGGGUUCACUCAGCUGAAUAGUCAGUUUGCCUUGGAAAGGCCUUAACGAUGAUAGGAUCAGUAUGGUUUUGACACAUCUUGAGGCAAUUGUAGCGACCUAGCUGAUUUAUAGUAAUGCAAAUAUGACUAGUUUCUGAAACUGCCUACAUUUCUGCAGGCAGCACUGCAGUCACGUGUCAGAAUUGGCCUGUCCUCUGAGGGCCUUCAGCAGCCGGAAGUGGGGGCAGGCACUGCAGCUGCCCCAGCUGUGUCUAGCCCGAGUCCCGGUACUUGCACUCCCUUGGAUGCAUCAUUAGGGCUUUUCUUUCUUUGCUUGUGUUUUUAGGUUGACUGCGUAGCUGUGUUUUUGAAUUAUGUCAAGAAAAAGACACUAUUAAAAGUAUGGUGAGAUGGGAAAGCAAAUUGGGUGUCUUCAGGGACCCUAAAACUAUGAUCCAAGAAACUAACUAGGGAAAUCACUGUAAACUAUCAUUUGAGGUCAUUGAAAAAAAUAAAAACAAGUGAAAAUACCUUUUCAAAAUAUCCCAUAAAGAUAUACUCUGGGAGAAAAGGCAAGUCCUUGAUGACUCACCCUCUGCAUAUGGGAAUAAGGAACUGUAGCCAUCACAGCAUUCCUGAUAAAUACUGGACGCUGGGCUCCCCUACAGCAUUGACUUGAACCAACAGCUGAAACGCCCCCCUUUCAUCGCAGGUGUCUCUUCUAUCAUAAUUGAACUCAGCUUUUCCAUGUUUAACCCAAACAGCUCAAAUUUAUCUCUGGCAGAUUGCCAAGUGCUAUUAAUUCAUAUGUGCUACCUAAUUAGUGGUAUUCUUUUGUUUUUCCUCCCAUUUUUGAAAACAAUCACAGAUGGGCAGUGCCCUCAGGGUUUCAGGUGGGCUGAAUGUGGCCUUGUGGUGCUUCUGUACUAAGCUACCUUUCUCAAUUAAAUGAUUUAGACUUCUGAAACACUGCAGCAGUUGGCAGCUGCUGUAGACUUUUCUCAGCAUAAUCAAUUAAUGUUGGCUUGCUGUUAGGUACACGCAAGUAUAAUCUCAUUUGAUCUUGUCAUUUCAAAUAUUUUAAUGCAAUUUAUUCCUUAACUAGGUACAUGUGAAGAUUUCCUGGCAGUGUAGAGUGGAAACCAUUGAUCACCUUGCCCUCAUUUCUGCCUGUUCUGUGUUGGCAAGGGAGCGUGCCCAAAUGAGCAAGAUAUCACAGCAGAACAGUACUCCAGGAGUGAAUGGAAUAAGCGUUAUUCAUACUCCGGCUCAUGCCAGCGGCUUACAGCAGGUUCCUCAGCUGGUGCCCGCUGGCCCUGGGGGAGGAGGCAAGGCUGUGCCUCCAAGCAAGCAAAGCAAAAAGAGUUCACCCAUGGAUCGAAACAGUGAUGAGUAUCGUCAGCGCAGAGAGAGGAACAACAUGGCUGUGAAAAAGAGUCGGUUGAAAAGCAAGCAGAAAGCACAGGAUACACUGCAGAGAGUAAAUCAGCUCAAGGAAGAGAAUGAACGGUUGGAAGCAAAAAUUAAAUUACUGACUAAGGAAUUAAGUGUACUGAAAGAUUUGUUCCUUGAGCAUGCGCACAACCUUGCAGACAACGUGCAACCCAGUAGCACUGAAAACAUGACAAAUUCUGAUAAUGCAGGACAGUAGACCUCACCUCUUCCAAACUUCACAACUUGUGGCUUGAACGUUAAAGGUGUGACUGCACCAUUCAUAUCAAUGGCUGACCAUUGUCUCGUUCCUUUAUUCAAAGAUCCAUUGAAGGUUUUUUUUCUAGGAUCAGCACUGAAGAGUUGAUUAGCUAAAAAUAUUAGCCAUGUAAUUCGAGUAUCUGGUUUUAAAUGAUACGGAUUUUUGUGGGGAUAAAGAAACAAAGUUUUAAGGUAUGUGGUAAAAAAAA